AUGGAUACCAUCACCUUCCUCAUCACCCUCGCUGUCAAGCCGGAUGCGUGCGACAAGCAGGUGCGGGAGACCAUGGCCCUGUUGGCCAAAAGCGUCCGUGAGAAGCCCGGGGCCCUGUUCUACCAGUCGUACCAGAAGACCGCGGGCAAGUUGGAGUUCAUUGAGACAUUCAAAGACUCCGAAGCUGCGCUCUACCACCUGCGGAACCAGCCCGCUGAACUUGCGGCGACCUGGUUCUCGAUGAUCGACCUUGAGACGAUCAGCGUCAUCGGGCCAGCCAGUGAUGAGCUGAAGGCAGUGCUGGGCGGAUACCCCCUUGCGAACAAGCCCGUCUACCACGAGACCAUCAGCGGCUUCCCGCCAUCCAGCUGA